AUGGCACUUGAGUUAGUUGAAGGGGCUGUUCUAGGAACAGUUUUUGCUGCCCUGCAUGAUGUUGUUAAGGUAGCCUUGGUUCAAACCCCUCCUUGGAGAUCUCAAGUUCACUCUAGACUCGCUAAAACCACGGAUCAUCCAACAAAUAGGAGAACAUAA